UGCACCCCCCGCAGUGCUGGGAGCGGCGCGCGGGGCUGGCCAUGCUGCCCUUCGGGGACAGGACCAGAGAAAUGGUCAAUGCAUGGUUUGCUGAGAGAGUUCAUCCUAUCCCAGUUUGCAAGGAGGGAACCAAAACCCACAGUGAAUCUUGCUCUUGCUCUGCUCAACUGGCUACCUGUGCUGAGAUCACCAACCCUGGUACCCCAGCUAGGAAAAUCUCUGCCUCUGAAUUUGAUAGGCCUCUAAGACCUAUUGUUGUCAAGGACUCUGUAGGAACCGUGAGCUUUCUCUCAGAUUCUGAAAAAAAGGAACAGAUGCCUCUACAAUCUCCAAAGAUUGGGACUGAUAUAGGAGAUCAGUGCUCAAGACUCUUAGAACUAGUGAAAGAUAUUUCUAGCCACUUGGAUGUCACAGCUCUUUGCCACAAAAUUUUUCUGCACAUCCAUGAGCUUAUAGCUGCAGAUCGCUAUUCCCUUUUUCUGGUCUGUGAGGACAGUUCCAAUGAGAAAUUUCUUGUCAGCCGGCUAUUUGAUGUUGCAGAAGGUUCCACCUUGGAAGAAGCUUCCAACAAUUGUAUCCGCUUGGAAUGGAACAAGGGGAUUGUGGGACAUGUAGCAGCCUUGGGCCAACCUUUGAAUAUCAAGAAUGCAUAUGAGGAUCCCCGAUUCAACGCAGAGGUCGACCAGAUCACAGGGUAUAAGACACAGAGUAUUCUUUGUAUGCCAAUAAAGAACCACAGGGAAGAGGUUGUUGGUGUGGCUCAAGCUAUUAAUAAGAAAUCUGGAAUUGGUGGCACGUUCACAGAGCAAGAUGAAAAGGAUUUUGCUGCUUAUCUAACAUUUUGUGGAAUUGUUCUUCACAAUGCCCAGCUGUAUGAGACUUCAUUGCUUGAAAAUAGGCGUAACCAGGUACUUCUCGAUCUUGCUAGUUUGAUUUUUGAAGAGCAGCAAUCCUUGGAAGUAAUUCUGAAGAAGAUUGCUGCAACUAUAAUCUCCUUCAUGCAGGUGCAGAGAUGCACCAUUUUCAUAGUGGAUGAAGAUUGCCCUGAUUCCUUUUCUAGUGUGUUUCACAUGGAGUCUGAGGAAUUGGAAGAUUCAGCUGAUGUCCUAAAGAGAGACUACGAUGCAAACAAAAUCAAUUAUAUGUAUGCUCAGUAUGUCAAGAAUACAAUGGAACCUCUUAAUAUACCAGAUGUCUGCAAAGACAGAAGAUUUCCAUGGACGAAUGAAAAUGCAGAAAAUAUAAACCAGCACGUAAAGAGUUUGCUGUGUACACCAAUAAAAAAUGGGAAGAAGAAUAAAGUGAUAGGUGUGUGUCAGCUUGUGAAUAAGAUGGAAGAAAACUCAGGUAAAAUCAAGGCUUUCAAUAGAAAUGACGAACAGUUUUUGGAAGCUUUUGUCAUCUUUUGUGGUUUGGGGAUCCAGAAUACCCAAAUGUAUGAAGUUGUGGAGAGAGCCAUGGCCAAGCAGAUGGUGACAUUAGAGAUCCUCUCGUAUCAUGCUUCAGCUGCUGAAGAAGAAACGAGGGAGCUGCAGGUAACAGCGGCUGCUGUAGUGCCAUCUGCACAAUCUCUCAACUUGACUGACUUCAAUUUCAGUGACUUUGAGCUUUCAGAUUUUGAGACAACGCUGUGUACAAUUCGAAUGUUCACAGAUCUCAACCUGGUGCAAAAUUUCCAAAUGAAACAUGAGGUUCUUUGCAGAUGGAUUUUAAGUGUGAAGAAAAAUUAUCGGAAAAAUGUUGCAUAUCACAAUUGGAGACAUGCAUUUAAUACAGCCCAGUGUAUGUUUGCUGCCUUGAGAUCAGGUAAAAUUCAGAGCAAGCUGACUGAUCUAGAAACACUUGCUUUGCUGAUAGCAGCACUGAGCCAUGAUUUGGAUCAUAGAGGGGUGAACAACUCUUACAUACAGAGAAGCGAACAUCCCCUGGCUCAGCUCUACUGCCACUCCAUCAUGGAGCAUCACCAUUUUGAUCAGUGUCUGAUGAUCCUGAAUAGUCCGGGAAACCAGAUUCUCAGCAGCCUUUCUAUUGAAGAAUACAAGGCCACUUUGAAAAUGAUAAAACAAGCCAUUCUUGCCACAGACCUGGCACUGUACAUUAAGAGAAGGGGAGAGUUUUUUGAACUUCUAAGAAAGAAGCAGUUUGACUGGGAAGAUCCUAUGCAGAAAGAGCUAUUUUUAGCAAUGCUGAUGACUGCCUGUGAUUUGUCAGCAAUAACAAAACCCUGGCCAGUUCAACAACGGAUAGCUGAGCUUGUAGCUACUGAAUUUUUUGACCAAGGAGACAAGGAAAGAAAGGAACUCAACAUAGAGCCAACAGAUCUAAUGAACAGAGAGAAGAAAAAUAAGAUCCCUAGCAUGCAGGUUGGAUUCAUAGAUGCCAUUUGUUUACAGCUGUAUGAGGCCAUGACUCACGUAUCCGAGGCCUGUUACCCUUUAUUGGAUGGCUGUAGAAAGAACAGACAGAAAUGGCAAUCCUUAGCAGAACAGCAGGAGAAGAAUCUGAUUAAUGGAGAAAGUAAUCAAUCCAAACGGAACUGAGUUGCUGGGUUAGCAAGCACAUGUUUUAAGUUUACUAUAAAGAUACAAUAAUUUGGGAAUACUGCAUUUUGCUAGACACUGUGUGUGGAUUUUGUGUAUGCUUUACCACUGCUGUAUUAUUUUUUCCACAGCCUCUAAAAGCAUAGCAUGAUCACUUUUAUGUCAGUGUUCUAUAAUGAUUAUAUCUUCUUAUAUUUUAUUUGCAUGAGGUGAAACAAUAGAUUUGUAGGUAGUUUAUUCUACCCAGUUCUACACAGAGGUACAAGUUGCUGAUACUGGACUUGGUUGGAGGGCUUUCAGCUUUACAGAUGUAUAUAUAGAUGUUUAGUGUUUGUGACUGGCCAGUACCUUAAAACAUACCAUAUUCAGCACUUUGCUUCUCCUUAUUUUUUUGUUGCAUCCUCAUAUGUAAGUAGUGAGCGAUGUUGUCUGCUCUCCCGCAAGUUGCCAGGAGGCAAGAAGGAUCUUGGUGAUUGAGGUUUGCAUUAAUGGCUGAAUCUAAUACUUGUUUUACUGACAGAGCUUCUAUUGAAGUCAAUGAGAGCUUCACCUACCUGGAGAUGCAGAAUUGUGCCCAAAGUGACAAAGCACAGGAACUUGUGUGAUGCAUUAUAUCAGGUGUUUCCUGUUACAAGGAUGUGUUAUCCCUUCACUCUUUCCUUUUUGAGGAAUUUUAAAGCAAUCCUGUGAAUCAGUAGGCAUAAAGGACCUAAACUGAGAUUUGCAAUGAAACUGUUCUGACAUUUGCUUAGAGCUAGUAUAAGCUGCUUAAUAGACAAGGAAAUGGCAAAAUGCAACAACAUAGGUCAUUGGCUGUCUGGGAAGAACAUUUCAGAUAAAACAUACAGGAAACACAGGAAAGCUGAACUCAAUAAGAUUCCUUUUGAUGGUAUGCUAGUGUUAUCUUUGUUCUAAAGAUCUAUUUAAUAUCAUGACCAAUAGACUGAAGCACGAGAAGGAAAAGCAUAAGCAAAUGUGUUUGUUAAAGCAAAUGAUGAAAACUGUACUUAUUCAAGAAUCUGAUCCAGAGAGAGAAUGUGUCUGGAGAUUUGUGUCAACAGUCUGAUUCACCAGAUUGAGAAUCUAAGAAAUGACCAUGACCAACUCAAGAAUUGCUUGAGAUCGUAGAAAGUUUUUGCAUUAAUAUUGGGAACUAAAGUAUUUUUAUUUAAAAAAAAAAAAAAAAGUUUUCAGCACUCAUUCUACUAGCAACAAUUUUUAACCACAGAGUCUUAAAGCAAUAUGGGAAAAGACUGAAAGCAAAACAGUUGAGAAUACUGCAGGGACUUAGACUUUAUAUAUGAGGCAUAAACAUUCAGAAAAGGGAAAGAGAGCCAGUGGAUAUGCAUCAGAUAUAGAGGAAACCAGUAUUCUUCAAUAGAGGAGAUAAUGCAUAAUUCUUUUGAAUAAGUCACUAGACAUUUAUUAAAGAAAGCAUAGGGAUAAGACAUCCAAAAAAGGCAGCACAUUUACCAUGUGAUGCCACAAAAAGAUGAAUGUCACAGUUUUAAAAGCUGGAAUUGGUAGUCAUAAGUUAGUGAUAUGGAUGUAUAAAGAUGCACACAAAUGUUGUUUAUAAUGAUUUGCAUAUCUGUAAUAUAUAUAUAUUUUAAUUUAUACCAGGUGUAGUGGCAACCAAGACUGGUUUGUGUAAAGGCCUACUUUUAGUUUGACUUCACAUUCAAAAGGUCAGAAACUUAUUUGAAAAACAGUUUCUGAACAGGUUAAUCCACAAAUUGUAGUUGAAAACCUUGCAAGACAUUUUUUUCUCACGAGAUUUCUGGUGUCAUCUGAUUAUAUUAUUAUUUCUAGUGCCAUCUGGUCUGGAAUACCUGUUGGGGAGGACCUGCUUGUCAGCUAUCUUGUUUCUGAUCCCAAAUAAAACUCA